AAGCUGACUCACUCUCCUCCGGACUUGUAUUUAUAGACGGUCAUCUCGAAGACCAGCAAACACGAGGACGAAUUUUUUUCAAUCUCACUUUUUCUUUAUUCGACAAGACGACAAAGACGAAAUGGGAUUGCUUUCAGCUUUGGCUGUUGCAGCAGGUGCAGCGGGUGCAGCAGGAGGGCUUUUGAUUUUUGCACCUGUUGCCAUUGCCACGAUUGGUUACCCGGCUGCUGUGGCGUUGACUUCUGCGGUCAAUGCGGGAGUGGCAACAGGCACAGCAGCUGCCGCAGGUACAGCUGGUGCGAGUGCUGCUGCAGCGCCGGUCGCAGGCUUUGUUAUGGCACUCUUCUAAGUCUCCGACACCUAAAACUGGUCCUCUAUUUCACUCAUCCGUCUCAAUUUAUCUGAUGGAUUUAUGUUCAAAUUGGAGAAAGUUACAGAUUGUUUUGGUUAUUUGGAGGUAUAUUGACUUUGAGUGAAUAAAUGGCUCCCCUAA